AUGAGAAGUACAAUUGAAGACGAGUGGGCCAGGGGUAAGGGUGCAAUGGAGACGAGUGGGCCGGUAUGUGAAGCACAAUGGAAGACGAGUGGGCCGGGGGUAUGGGGUAUAAUGGAAGACGAGUGGGCCGGGGGUAAGGGUGCAAUGGAGAUGAGUGGGCCGGUAUGUGAAGCACAAUGGAAGACGAGUGGGCCGGUGGUACCGGGUGCAAUGGAGACGAGUGGGCCGGUAUGUGAAGCACAAUGGAAGACGAGUGGGCCGGUGGUACCGGGUGCAAUGGAAAUGAGUGGGCCGGUAUGUGAAGCACAAUGGAAGACGAGUGGGCCGGUGGUACCAGGUGCAAUGGAGACGAGUGGGCCGGUAUGUGAAGCACAAUGGAAGACAAAUGAGCCGGGUGUCCGGUGUGCGAGAGGUGAAGGCGAGAUGGAUGAUACAGAUGAGCCGGAUGUCCGCUGUGUGAUAGAGGUGAAGGUGAAAUGUAUGAUACAGAUGAGCCGGAAGAGCGUUGUGGGAUGGAGGGGGUAUCUGGUGCAUACAGAGUAUACUAACCAGAGACGAGUGGGCCGGGGGAUAGGGUGA